AUGGACCAUGAUGCCCCCACCAUCAGGCCACGCCGCAUCCAGAACCAGAACGUCAUCCACCGCCUGGAGCGCCGCCGGAUCAGCUCGGGAAAAGCCGGCACCCACUGGCACCAGGUCCGCGUCUUCCACCAGAACGUCUUCCCCAACUUCACCGUGGUCAACGUGGAGAAGCCGCCCUGCUUCCUGCGCAAGUUCUCCCCCGACGGCCGCUACUUCAUCGCCUUCUCCUCGGACCAGACCUCGCUGGAGAUCUACGAGUACCAAGGCUGCCAGGCGGCUGAGGACCUCCUGCAGGGCUACGAGGGGGAGAUCCUGGCCAACGGCAACGACCAGAGAGCCGUCAACAUCCGGGGGCGGCUCUUCGAGCGCUUCUUCGUCCUGCUGCACAUCACCAACGUGGCCUCCAACGGCGAGCACCUGAACCGGGAGUGCAGCCUCUUCACCGACGACUGCCGCUACGUCGUCGUGGGCUCGGCCGCCUACCUGCCCGAGGAGCCCCACCCGCCCUUCUUCGAGGUCUAUCGCAACAGCGAGUCCGUCACCCCCAACCCACGCUCCCCCUUGGAGGAUUAUUCCUUGCAUAUCAUCGACCUGCACACCGGCAGGCUCUGCGACACCCGGACCUUCAAGUGCGACAAGGUCAUCCUGUCACACAACCAGGGGCUGUACCUCUACAAGAACAUCUUGGCCAUCCUCUCCGUGCAGCAACAGACCAUUCACGUCUUUCAGGUGACGCCCGAGGGCACCUUCAUCGACGUGCGGACCAUCGGGCGCUUCUGCUAUGAGGACGACCUCCUGACCCUGUCUGCCGUGUACCCCGAGGUGCAGCGGGACACUCAGACGGGGAUGGCCAACCCCUACAAAGAGCCCUUCAUCAACUCCUUGAAGCACAGGCUGCUGGUGUACCUGUGGAGAAGGGCCGAGCAGGACGGAAGCGCUAUAGCAAAACGGAGGUUCUUCCAGUACUUUGACCAACUGAGGCAGCUCCGCAUGUGGAAGAUGCAGCUGUUGGAUGAGAACCACCUCUUUAUCAAGUACACCAGUGAAGACGUGGUCACGCUGCGAGUGACGGACCCUUCCCAGCCUUCCUUCUUCGUUGUGUACAACAUGGUGACCACAGAAGUUAUUGCUGUAUUUGAGAAUACGUCUGAUGAGCUGCUGGAGCUGUUUGAGAACUUCUGUGACCUCUUCAGGAAUUUUUUGAAUGCCACCCUGCACAGUGAGGCAGUCCAGUUCCCCUGCUCAGCUUCCAGCAACAACUUUGCCAGGCAGAUCCAGCGCCGGUUCAAAGACACUAUAGUGAAUGCCAAGUACGGAGGGCACACGGAGGCUGUGCGGAGGCUGCUGGGGCAGCUCCCCAUCAGCGCCCAGUCCUACAGUGGCAGCCCCUACCUCGACCUCUCCCUUUUCAGCUAUGAUGACAAGUGGGUGUCAGUCAUGGAGCGGCCCAAGACCUGUGGUGAUCACCCUAUAAGAUUUUACGCUCGUGAUUCUGGCCUCCUGAAGUUUGAGAUCCAGGCGGGACUCCUGGGGCGACCCAUCAAUCACACGGUGCGGCGCCUGGUCGCCUUCACCUUCCACCCCUUCGAGCCCUUUGCCAUCUCAGUGCAGCGCACCAACGCUGAGUACGUGGUGAACUUCCACAUGAGGCACAGCUGCACGUAG